AUGUUUGCCUCGGCCGGUUACUCGGUUUGCAUUUUCGAGAUAAACGAGAGUCUCGUUCAAGCGGGGAUUGGAAGAAUUCGCGGAAAUCUCAACACAAUGCAGAAAGAUUCCCUUACAAGAGGCCCACUGACAACCGAAGAAGCGAUGGGAAAUGUUAGAGGAACCAUUGAUUUGCGAGAGGCGCUACAUGGAGCCAUUUAUGCCCAGGAAUCGACAAUGGAGAGCGAAGUAUUCAAGAAGGAUAUUUUCACGAAAAUCGAUCUCCUCGCCGAUUCGGAGACGGUUCUCGCGAGCAGUACAUCGACAAUUCCGGCAUCGCUUUUCACUGAAAAGCUCAAGAAUCGAGGUCGUUGCCUUGUCGUUCACCCAAUCAACCCGCCACUUUAUCUAACGCUAACCGAAAUCAUCCCAGCUCCGUGGACUGAAGAAAGUGCCGUUGAGAAAGCCGUGCAAAUCAUGAAGAAUAUUGGACAGACUCCAGUCCGCUUGCAUAAAGAGGUCCUGGGCUUUGCCGUUAAUCGCCUUCAAUAUGCACUGUUAGCUGAAUCAUGGCGUCUUGUCAAAGACGGAGUUUUGGAGGCCGAAGAUGUGGAUUUGGUGAUGAGCGAGGGUUUGGGUCCUCGGUACGCUUUCCAGGGCCCGCUGCACACAAUGCACCUCAAUGCGCUCGGCAUCGAGGAUUACUGUACUCGAUACGCGGCCGGUCUUCGCCGUGUGCUCGCCGAUUUCGGUCCCAAUCCGACAUUUGAGGAGCCUGAAGUUAUUGAAAAGAUCUCUUCAAGUAUGCAGAAACGUGUCACUGAUCACACGGCGGCACUCGACGAGCGAAAAGCGAAUCUCGCUCGACUUGCCAAGCUAAAAAAGGAA